CGCAAGCAUGCUCUCCCUCUCGCUGCAGUCCACCUCCUUCCACGGCGUCGCGUCGGUCCCGUCGCGCGUCCAGCCGACCAUGCUCUUCGGCGCCAAGGCGUCGGCGCCCAAGAAGGCCCCGGCCUUCGCGUACGGCCUGCCCGGCAACUUCAACGCGCUCGGCGGCUCCGAGCUGAACUGGGACCCGGCCGGCUUCCUCGAGGGCAAGUCCGAGCUCGAGGUCAACCGCUACCGCGAGGCCGAGCUCACGCACGGCCGCGUCGGCAUGCUCGCGUCGCUCGGCUUCCUCGUGCAGGAGAAGUUCCACCCGCUCUUCUCGGGCGACGGCGGCCCGGCUAUCGACCAGAUCCCCCAGCUGCCGGUCUGGCUCUGGGUGGUGAUGGGCGGCGGCAUCGCCGCCGCCGAGGCGGCGCGCAUCAACAUCGCCUUCCGUGAGCUCGACGGCGAGAAGCUCAAGGCGGAGACGGCGCUGCGGCCGGGCUACACCCCGGGCGACCUGGGCUUCGACCCGCUCGGCUUCUCCAAGGACCUGUCCGCCGACGAGUUCAAGCUCAUGCAGGAGAAGGAGCUCGCCCACGCCCGCCUCGCCAUGAUCGCCGCCGCUGGCUUCCUCGCACAGGAGGCCGUCACCCACGCCACCUGGGGCACCGUCUACGGCCUGCCCGACUUCUAGGUCCCGUCGCGCGUCCAGCCGACCAUGCUCUUCGGCGCCAAGGCGUCGGCGCCCAAGAAGGCCCCGGCCUUCGCGUACGGCCUGCCCGGCAACUUCAACGCGCUCGGCGGCUCCGAGCUGAACUGGGACCCGGCCGGCUUCCUCGAGGGCAAGUCCGAGCUCGAGGUCAACCGCUACCGCGAGGCCGAGCUCACGCACGGCCGCGUCGGCAUGCUCGCGUCGCUCGGCUUCCUCGUGCAGGAGAAGUUCCACCCGCUCUUCUCGGGCGACGGCGGCCCGGCUAUCGACCAGAUCCCCCAGCUGCCGGUCUGGCUCUGGGUGGUGAUGGGCGGCGGCAUCGCCGCCGCCGAGGCGGCGCGCAUCAACAUCGCCUUCCGUGAGCUCGACGGCGAGAAGCUCAAGGCGGAGACGGCGCUGCGGCCGGGCUACACCCCGGGCGACCUGGGCUUCGACCCGCUCGGCUUCUCCAAGGACCUGUCCGCCGACGAGUUCAAGCUCAUGCAGGAGAAGGAGCUCGCCCACGCCCGCCUCGCCAUGAUCGCCGCCGCUGGCUUCCUCGCACAGGAGGCCGUCACCCACGCCACCUGGGGCACCGUCUACGGCCUGCCCGACUUCUAGACCGCCAGCCCACCCCGUGUUGCAACGCUGAGAUCUCGUGCUGAGGCUCUUAUUUUGGUGAUGAGGACUAUGUGAAUAGGGUUACGUGA